UCCAACGUCAGAGUAGUGUUUAAAACGCAGAUUAUUCCAUGGACAAGGGUGUCAGUGUGAUGCAUUUGACUUGAGUUAUUGGGUUAAUCCAGCACUCUGUCUUGUAUUCUGCACUCAUAAACGCUUACUGUAGGCUACUACAGUGGAUUUUUUGGAAAGCAAUCUCCCCCUGUGUAUGCUACAAGUAGCAUUUUGGAACUCUGUGGAGAUUGCAUUGGCAAUGACAUCGCUCCCGUGCGCUCUGUGCAUAAUAUGGAUAUGUCUGAUCUGUCAUUCGAUGGGAACGGGAUUUAUUUACCAGGUUCCCGGAGUGACUGUUCAACGCGUCAACUCGGAGCAGGGCGCGAGCACCGGUUCACCAGGCAGCGGAUCAAACAUUCAGCUCAGGAACUGGUGCCAGUACACAGUGUUGAGGACGGUGAAGUGCCAGGUGCCCAAUGGAACAGAGACCAUGGUGCAGAGAGUGUUCCAGGGCUGCCGCUGGCCAGGACCCUGCUCCAAACUCAUCAGCUACAGGACCAUGGUCAGGCCGUCUUACAAGGUGGCCUAUCGGCAGGUCACUGCUCGGGAGUGGAGGUGCUGUCCUGGGUUUGUAGGAGAUGCAUGUCGAGAAGAGUGUAUGAACUGCACUGGCUUCACUGAUAUGAACAGCAGACUGAACUACAUCGAGUCCAAGAUUACGCUGCUAGAGGGAGCAGGUUCACCGUCACCAUCCUUCAACAACUCAACAGAGGGCUCCAGUGAUAACGAGGUGUACACCCCCAACCCCACCCCUAUAGGCCCUCCAUCCUACCUACGGACAGGAGGAAGAGGACCACCAGGGCCAAUUGGACCACCAGGAAUUCCGGGCCCAGCUGGCGAGGCAGGGGUUCCAGGACAGACCGGACCCACAGGGCCAAUGGGAGAGAGAGGAAGCCCAGGAGAGAUCGGUCUUCCAGGCCUCCCCGGACCUCCAGGCCCUCAAGGGCCAUGCUCCUCCUCUACCCAGCCGAGAGGUGACAUGUUUGGGUUCGACGAGCAGGCAGAGGAGACUCCUCUUACUCCAACCCUUCCUGAGGUCGUAGCUGGUCCUCCCGGCCCAUCUGGUCCCCCUGGUCCCCCCGGACCCCCAGGUCCCCCUGGACCAAUUGGACCAGCAGGAGUUCCAGGUCUCCCAGGGCAAGACGCAGAGGGAGGCCUCCAAGGCAAGGCUGGGGAUCCUGGGCCUAAAGGAGACAGAGGAGAGAGGGGCCCUCCAGGAUUACCAGGGGAGUACGGCCAGCCUGGGCAGUCUGGGCAGAAGGGGGAGCCAGGAGAGGGUUUGCCUGAGGGGGGUGCUGAAGGAGUGCAGCAGCUGAGGGAAGCUCUCAAGAUCCUGGCAGAAAGAGUUCUGAUUCUGGAACACAUGAUUGGCAUCCACGAGAGUCCAGUGGAGUCAGGCUCUGGACUGGAGAGCCAACCAGACUCCUUCUCCUUCCCCGCCAUCAGGACCAGACCGGCCGAGUCCACCAUCAAGACCAGACGACUCCAGCCUCUCCGACUCUCCUCCCGUCCGUCCCCAAGGAAACACUCUCCCUAUAGUGAUGGUCAGAGAGAGACAAGGUCUUUUUAAAGACACCAAUGAGUGUUUAGUGUGUGUGUCUGUGUGUGUGUGUGUGUGUGUGUGUCCAUGCGUGUUUGUUUAUGUGUGUGUGGGUGUGUGUGUGUGUGUGUGCGUCCAUGCGAGUGUGUCUGAGAGGGCAGGGGAGAAAUGGAAAUGGAAAGAUAUACUACAAAACGCCUGCAGAAAGUAUUCAUUUACAUAAUGCAUGACUGGAUAUGUACUUUUCAGAAAUAUACUCGUACGUAAUCUCUCUUCUGAGUAUUAGUUGUACACAUUUAAUUAACAUGCUGUUCUGAGAGCUGAAACCAGACCAUGCUAUGUGCUGUUCUGUAGGUUUUUGGACUACCUUCCUGCUUACCUUAUUAAAAAUAAGUGGAAUGAAAUGGGUAUCAUCUGGUGCACAAAACGAAAAUAAGUAAAAAGUGGAAAAAUUGUGUUUUAAGAAAUCAGUCGGGGUCUCAACUUACUGUUAUUUAGGAUAGUAGAAUACACAACGUGCAAUUUAAAAAUGUUGGUUGUGCACCAGCAGUUUCUCUCUUGUUAUGUCAGUCACUCACAGUCACUCAA